UUAUCUUGCAAAAGCGUCAUGCCACACGCACCCUCCUCGCCGCUCGCUCUCGCAAAGUUUUUCGCCGUCCGCAGAUCUCGUGUCACCGGCUAGGCGGGAUCACUUUUCCUCCUGGAGGACGAGCGAGCACGAUGGCAUCGACUGGGGAACUGGCCAUUUUGAGUGUGUCGAACAAGACAGGUCUUCUGGACCUAGCUCGCAAGCUGCAGCAGGCAGGCUUGCGCUUGGUGGCUUCAGGGGGCACGGCCAAGGCCAUCCGGGACAUUGGCCUCCCCGUCAGAGAUGUCUCUGAAGUGACGGGUGCUCCAGAGAUGCUGGGUGGUCGAGUCAAGACACUGCACCCAGCUGUUCAUGGAGGUAUCUUGGCACGAAAGAUUGACAGUGACCUAGCUGACAUGAAGAGGCAAAGCUUUGAGUAUGUCAGUGUGGUUGUGUGCAACCUGUACCCCUUUGUGGAGGCCAUCUCAAAGCCCAACACCUCUGUAGCUGAAGCUGUGGAGCAAGUGGACAUUGGUGGUGUCACUCUUCUGAGGGCUGCUGCGAAAAACCACGAGCGUGUUACGAUCAUCUGUGACCCUGCUGACUACGACGUGGUUGCCCAGGAGUUGCUGUCCUCGCCGACUCGCCAAACAAGUCUGGAGACGAGGAGGCGGCUGGCCUGUGAAGGUGCAUUCCUCCACACAGCCCAGUACGAUGCAGCCAUCUCGGACUACUUCAGAAAACAGUACCUGACUGGUGUGGCUUGCCUGCCACUUCGCUACGGCACCAACCCACACCAGGUUCCUGCCCAGCUCUGCACCAAUCUGCCGAGGCUGCCAAUCACUGUGCUCAACGGAUCCCCGGGCUUCAUCAACCUCUGCGACGCACUCAACGCUUGGCAGCUGGUCAAGGAGCUCAAGGCUGCCCUGGGCAUUCCAGCGGCGACCUCCUUCAAGCACGUUAGCCCCGCAGGUGCUGCCGUGGGAGUGCCAUUGUCACGAGAUGAAGCCAAGCUUUGCAUGGUGGAUGACAUGUUUGAUGACCUGACCCCGAUUGCCACUGCCUAUGCCAGAGCACGAGGUGCAGACCGCAUGUCCUCAUUUGGUGACUUCCUUGCAUUGUCUGACGAGUGCGAUGCAGCGACAGCUAGGAUUGUGUCUCGUGAGGUGUCUGAUGGUGUCAUUGCACCAAGCUACUCGGAUGAGGCUCUGGCAAUCUUGAGCAAGAAGAAGGGCGGCAACUACUGUGUGCUCAAGAUGGAUGCGAACUACGAGCCGACGCUCAUGGAAUCCCGCACGUUGUUCGGCCUGACACUUGAACAACGCCGCAACGAUGCCAAGAUCAAUCGUGAUCUCUUCACUAACAUUGUGUCAAAGACCAAAACGCUGCCAGAGGCUGCCAUCCGAGAUUUGAUCGUGGCCACGAUAGCCCUCAAGUACACCCAGUCCAACUCUGUCUGCUAUGCGAAGGAUGGACAGGUUAUUGGCAUUGGUGCUGGCCAGCAGUCUCGAAUUCACUGCACACGACUUGCGGGUGACAAGGCCAACAACUGGUGGCUGAGGCAGCACCCCAACAUCAAGAGCAUGGUCUUCAGGAAAGGUGUCAAGCGUGCCGAGAUCUCCAACAUUAUUGACGUCUACGUUGGCGGCGUCUUUGGAGAGGACAUGCCUCUGGAGCAGUACCAGAACUCUGUGGAGAAUCCUGUGCCCCAGCUGACUGAGGCGGAAAAGAAGGCCUGGAUUGCGAAGUUGUCUGGCGUGGCCCUCAGUUCAGAUGCUUUCUUCCCAUUCAGAGACAACAUUGACAGGGCACGUCAGAGUGGUGUGCAGUACAUUGUCAGCCCUGGAGGUUCCACCAACGAUCAGGGAGUUGUGGAGGCAUGUGACGAGUAUGGAAUCACUUUGGUACACAGUGGUCUACGCCUGUUCCACCACUGAGCAGAGGUGUAGGUGGCCAGAGUAUCGACCGCCAGCUAGGCUAAGUCUUCUGGUGUCUGUCCGAAUCGUUCAUUGGGAAUUUGCUGUGGAUGCAAACAAAAAAUGUUGUGCAGCAUUAUACACACUGUGCACUCGUCUUCAGAUCAUGCAAGUAUGCGGUGUACAUAAAUUUUUUGGAUAUGAAACCCGAGAAUAAACAUUUUGCAAAUUUGUU